CUAUGGAUAUUUCUGCCACUGCUUCUGCGCUCACUGCGUCUCACUUCUCGUCACUCACUCAGUCACCGGCGCUCCGUCCGUCGGGACUGGUAGAAAGCAAGAUAAUCCAUGAGAGCCGGUCUCAUUUUCCUCCCUCCGCCACCACUCCCCACUCCAAAACUCCUGACCACAGCUGCACCACCGCCCCCUCUCCUCCGCUCGCCGUCGCGCCCAUUUCUACCAGCCCCAACCCAGCUCAGACUCAAUUCAAGGGGAAGAGACUUCAGGGUCAGGUCAGACGAAGGCGACGUCGAUGUCGGAGGCCUUGACGACUACGACAUGGACGACGACGAUGAGGUAGUGGAGUACGACAACAAGAAGGACUUCGACGUCGACUAUGAACCGCUGGCCUCCUCCUCCCCCCUCGACGACAUCGAGAUGGUGCAGAGCAAGAGCUUCAUGUCGACCCAAGGUUGGGACCCGGAUAUGGUUGUGGAUUAUAAGAUUAAUGAGGAGGAAUUCCACAAGAUUAGUUUGUUUGACUGUGAUUUCUUCAUCAGGAAGCCUCCUGAUCCCGAUAACGAUGUGUAUGAUUUCAGGGAGAUGUAUGUUACUCCUCCAGAUACAGAUGUUUAUGCAAUUCCUAAGGUUCUUGCUCCGAUGCCUAAGAAGUACAUUCGCUGUGCAAUGACUGAUUAUGGAUGCUACAAUGUUACUGAACCACCCAUUGAUGCACCUAGAGAUCCACUGUAUAAAAGUGAAAGGCAGGUCUGGAAGAUUUUCUUGACAAAACAUUACAGGAACCGAAGGUUCAAGGAUCCAGAAUUUGUACUGGAUUUUGAGGAGAUUUAUGUUAUUGAUUCAAAAACUAAGUCAAUUACCAGAGCAAAAAUUUUGGUCACUGUUCCAGGAGGAAGGAAUAGGGAUAGAAAGGCUGACUUGCUUAUUAUACGCGAUAAUGGGAACAGUUUCAAAAUAAUUCACAGGAGUCAGAGAGAGGAUGCCGACACCAUUAUAGAGAAGGAAGAGUGGGCCAAAAGCAGACAAGAAAUGGAGACACACCUUAGGAAGCUGCGAGAUUUUAACAUUUCAAAUUGGUUCUGAUCAAUUGGUCUAUGAAGCGAAUGGGAUGCAGAAUGCGGAUUUAUGGAGUGAGGCCAGCCAUGCUCCUAUGCUUUGAGCUUUAGCAUGUGUAUUGGCAAACAUCAACAGGUAAUCUCCCUUGGGAGUUUUCUGUCACUGGUCAAAAAAUGAAGGGUGGUUUGUAAGUCUCAAUGUGUGUAUUUUGUAUGUAUGUUAAUCCUCUCACUCCUGUAUUUGUUCUGUUUUAACAUGCUACUGAACAUAGGUAGUCAUAUCCCGAAAAGCAUUAUACUCCUAGUCUUCUUCAGUUUUUUUCUUAAAUAUAUAACUCGAACUUGGAAA